CGCGAGCCCUCGUGUACAUUCACUCAUGGAAACGCUGUGUAUUGUAACAGGGCUGCUGGUCCUGACGCUAGUCCCCGGGUGUAGGGCUGUCGAGAGGGUGUUCUACAUAGCGGCAGUUGAACGGGAGUGGGACUAUGCCCCUACGGGAAGGAACAUCAUCAACCCACAGGAUCAGGGAACUGCGGACAAGUAUCUAGUGAAUGGCAGGAACCGCAUUGGCGGGGUCUACACCAAGACCAUAUAUAGAUCAUACACAGACGCCACCUACCGGACUGAGAUUCCAAGUCCACCAUGGCUCGGGCUGUAUGGACCAAUCAUCAGAGGAGAAAUCGGGGACACCAUCACCGUACACUUCCGGAACAAUGGAUCACGGGAGUUUUCUAUGCAUCCACAUGGUCUCUUUUAUAAGAAAGACAGUGAAAGUGCAAUCUACAUGGAUGGCACAUCCGGCCGUUUUAAGUUUGAUGACAUAGUUAUGCCCGGAUCUGACGUCACGCUGACGUGGCAAGUACAUCCUGACGACGCCCCAGGUCAAGACGACCCCGCCUGUAUUCCGUACGUGUACCACUCGCAUAUCGACACCCCACCCGACACCAACACAGGACUCAUCGGUGUCAUCUCCGUCUGUAAGCCAGGAACAUUGAAUGUCAAAGGCGAAAGAAAUGACGUGGAUGAAGAGUAUUUCAUUGUUGCCAAAGUGUUUGACGAAAACGCAAACUGGAUGACAUCACGAAAUUUGCAGAAGUGUGGAGUCCCGAGUGAGUGUCAGAGGUUGUUGGACGACGAAGACGAGGAGUUCAUGGAAAGCAACAUGAUGUAUACAUUCAAUGGCUAUGCCUUUGCGCAACUUCCGGAUCUGCUCGCGUGUUCAGGGGACAAGGUCGCGUGGCACGUGAUUGGCAUGGGCAACGAAAUUGACAUCCAUACCAUCGAGUUCCAUGGCCAGAUAGUGCUGACCGAACAGACAAGUGACGACAACAUCCAGGUGUUCCCUGCUGUCUUCAAGACGGGGAUGAUGACAGUUGGUGCCCCGGGACAUUGGAUAAUAGGGUGUAUGGUCACAGAUCAUUUCGCCGGCGGUAUGAAUGCAUACUUCGUCGUAGAAAAUUGCGGGGCUCGGGAAUCGCCAAAGCUACAAGGAACCAUUCGUAAUUACUAUCUCGCCAUAGAAGAAGAAGAAUGGAAUUAUGGGCCUUCUGGCUUGGAUAGGUUUAAUGGUGGCAAACUCAUUGAACCUGGAAGCAAGGCGGAGCCCUAUUUCGGUCAAAGUACUAGUGCUGGUCGCAUCGGAGGACAAUACAAGAAGGCAAGGUUCCAAGAGUAUGGUGACAUUGCCUUUUUGAGCCGGAAGUCGUCUAAUGACACAUCUCUUGGAAUUCUGGGACCGGUGUUACGAGCGGAAGCUGGGGAUCAUAUCAACAUUGUCAUAAAGAACAAAGGCAGUAGACCGUUCUCGUUUACUGGCCAUGGGUUGACGUACACACAAGGCCCGGGUGAAAUGACAGGACAUUCUGCGCAUGUCAACCCUGGCACAAUUCAUGUGUACAAUCAGCACGUUCCCGAUGACGUCAUUGGCCCAAAUGACCCAGAUUGCGUCGUGAAGAUAUACUACUCAGCUGCAAUCAGUGACGUCAAUUCUGGCCUGAUAGGGCCUCUAGUUCUGUGUCGGAGUGGCGCUUUGGACAAAGUCACCGGGAGACAGAGGUACACCGCCAGAGAGUUUUUCCUGCUGUUUAGUGCAUUUGAUGAGAACAAGUCUUGGUACUUAGAUGACAACAUCAAGAGUCACGUGACUACAACUGUCAACAAGGACAACGCCGACUUUACUGAGAGCAACGUCAUGCACGGAAUCAAUGGACUGAGUUUCGGCAACUUGGAUGGCUUGAACAUGUGUGUUGGUGACAAUGUCACGUGGCAUAUACUUUCUUACGGAUCUGAAGUGAAUGUGCAGGCGCCCUAUUUCCAUGGUAACACAUUCAGUAUUGGAAAUAGACAUCGAGACGUUGGUACCUUGAUAUCUGGAGAGACACACUCGCUCUUCAUGACGCCAGAUAAUCCAGGUGUCUGGGCCGUGAGGUCAGCGACCAACAUCAUGACGGACACUGGCGUGACCGCUCUGUACACGGUCAACCCAUGCGGUUCAACCAUGACCGGUGCCGACGGCGUAGGCAGCGGCGUCACGAGACGCUACAACAUCGCCGUGGAGGAGGUGGACUGGGACUACGCCCCACGCGAAACAAGCCUCAUCAACGGUGUAGAUCUCAAUGACCCUCGAGCUGCAUUCAUUUUUGUGAGAGAUGACGAAAACUUCAUCGGUGACACCUACAAGAAGGCUUUAUACAGGCUAUACACUGAUAACACAUUUACCAACCGGAAGUCACGAAGCCAGGAGGAUAUUCAUUUAGGAAUUAUGGGUCCAAUGAUUAAAGCGGAAGUUGGUGAUAAAAUUGAAGUGAGUUUGAAGAACCUCGGCAGCAGGGAGUACUCAAUUCACCCACAUGGCCUGUUCUAUAACAAGUCCAACGAAGGCACAGCGUAUAACAACGGCCCUGACGGAGGUGUUCAGCCGGGAAAGACGCGCGUGUACACGUGGUAUGUACCGGAGCGCGCCGGACCCGGAAGUAGUGACCCUAACUGUAUCCCUUGGUUGUACACAUCGGGUAUUGAAUCAACAAAAGACACAUACGCAGGCCUCAUUGGCACAAUUGUGAUUUGCCGGAAGGGGAUACUCGACUCUAACAACACGCGCACUGACGUAAAUAGGGAAUUCGCUCUUUUGUUUAGUAUAUUUAACGAGAACAAAAGCUGGUAUUUAUCAGAUAACAUAGCCAAUCACGCGGCAGGAAGGGUUGGCACCGACUAUGAUGAUGAUGGAGACUUUGAGGAGAGCAACCUCUUCCACUCCAUCAACGGACUAUUGACUGGCAACAACGUUGGCCUGAACGUACGGCUGAACGACACCAUCGCUUGGUACCUGCUGUCAUCGGGGUCGGAGUUGGACAUGCACACAAUUCAUUUUCAUGGACAAACCUUCACCCACGUCAGCAACAACAAACAUCGUACUGACGUCAUCGAACUGUACCCCGGGGAGGCAGAGGAGGUGGAGAUGCGCGCGCAUGACGUAGGGACAUGGAUCCUCCAUUGUCACGUGUUGGAUCAUAUCAGUGCAGGUAUGGAAACAACAUACACGGUGUUGCCGUAGAGCUCUCACACGUAUGGAGCAUUGAUUGCAGAAUUGAUGCUUGGAAAAACCUGAAAGCUUUUUGUUGCUGUUACAUUUUUAUUUACAUACACAGUAAUUGUUUAUUUUUUUUAUAUAUGAUGAUAAUAAAGGCUUGUUUAUGAA